AGCAAAUGUUCAAAGCUUGUACCGACGUUUGGUUUGGGCUUCAAUCAAAAUGGCUGACUCCUAUAAUUCAGAUCCUCCUAACGAGUUGAAGAAUAAUGAAGGCUAUGUCGAACAGAGAGCGAAGGUCGCCUUCGAAAGACUGAGGCAAAUGAGGGACAACGGGGAGUCAACGGAUGUUCGUCUUGUCGUAAAACAUGAAAAAUGCUAUUGUUCACACCGAAUCGUGCUGUCAGCCGUUAGCAAUUAUUUCCGCCACUGCUUCACAUCAGAUUUUGUUGAAAAAAAUCAAGAGCUGUUCGCGUUUCCUGAGGUCGAUCCAGAAACAAUUCAACUGAUUCUAGAUUUCUCAUACGGACACUCAAUAUCUCUAGACGGCUGCGACGCCAUUGAAGUGUUAAAAUGGGCUGACUACUUUCAAAUGUCAGAACUGACGAGUUUCUGUACUCAGCGCAUACUUGAACAAGUCACUCUUGAAAACUGCGUCUAUUUUGCUCGAUUGGCUAUGGAUUAUAACUUUACGGAUCUGAAGGUCAAGACGCGUCAGUACGUUUGUGAAAACUUCAGUCAUAUACGUUCUGACAAUCAAGAUCUGAUGGCAUUGUCAUUCGAACAAUUGUCCUCUUUCCUCAGCGACGAUCACCUGAACGCCCGAAAGGAGAAAGUUGUUUGGUCUGUGAUUAAGCGCUGGAUUUAUUGGGAUCGGCCGGCCAGGAAAGUACAUCUUAAACAGCUGUUAACAACAGUACGACUUGGUGUUAUCGACGAAACUACGUUCAAAGAAAUACGAAACAAUGAGCUGGUUCAAGAGGACGAAGAGAGUCGAACUCUUAUUUGUUCUGCUUAUGCAAUGAGGCAAGGAAUUCCGAUGAACUCGAAACAACUGGCUUCCCUUAUGGACUACAAAGCAUGCUAUUUUCGUCUACCGUAUGAAGUCAUUGUGGCGACGGGAGGCUGGAGUGGCGACUCUCCAUCAGACGUCAUCGAAGCUUAUGAUCCGACAGUGCGCAAAUGGUAUGAGGUCAACUUCAAGGACGUUGUAGGGCCCAGCGCGUACCACGGUACUAUUGUGAUUGGACAUCAUCUGUACAACGUCGGCGGCUUCAACGGUAACGCCUAUUACAACAUGGUGAGGCGUUUUGACAUUUUAAGUAAAGUGUGGUCAGUACGAGCCCCAAUGGCCGAGAAACGCUGUUACGUGAAUGUUGCCGAAUAUAAUGGAAGCAUCUACGCUUUCGGUGGCGUGAAUGGCUUCCGACGACUGAACAGCGCAGAGUGCUACCGCAUAGAGAAGAACCAGUGGUUAAACAUUCACCCAAUGGAGGCGCGUCGCAGUGACGCCCAUGCGGUUACGAUUAGGGACAAGAUAGUUUUGAUCGGCGGCUUCAACGGCAAC